UCUUUCACUUUUUUCUCAUCCACUCCUUCACUUCUUCCUCAUCUUCUUAUUUUCCUUUUCUUUUACUUUCCUCCACGCAAAGCCCCACAUGCUCCUCCACAUAUUAGUAAAGGACUUCAAGAUUUUCAGAACAAGAUCUUCAGCCAAGGCUGCCUUGUUGUUGUUGUUGUUGUCUCCAGCUGACUUAUUAAGCAAAGAACGUAGCUGAUUUGCAAUAUCACGGCCUUGAACAAGCUCUUCUAUUGCCUUUUUCUUGCUAGCUAGAAGUGACAGGGCGAAAAGCGCUGACGGUUGACCUAGUCUCCUUCCUCAAUCUAACGACAUGACUUUUGAGUCUCCUUCCUCUGCACUGCAAAUGGCAAAUUGUAAAUUGUGCUGCAUUGCACAAUGCAUAGCUGCCUGAUAAAAACAUGAAUAAUAGAAUUUCCCCUCUUAUUGCUUUCCUGCUUCUUUUUUUCUCUCUGGGUUUUCAAUCCACGUAUAAUACUGUCACGGAUACCAUCUUACCUGGCCAAUCACUGACACACCCGGAGACCAUUGUGUCGCCUAAUGGAAUCUUCGAACUUUGUUUCUACUCUCCAGGAAAUUCGACAAAGUAUUACUUGGCAAUACGAUUCAAGAAUGUUUCUGAGCAGAGUGUAGUUUGGGUUGCAAACAGAAAGUACCCAUUCCCUGAUUCCACUGCUGCUCUCAAUAUUAAUCAGGAUGGAGAUCUCGCAAUAUCUGAUGGCACAAUGACAUACGCCAUGACCAACACUUCAGCUGGCAACGGUACCUAUGCCAUGCUAUUGGAUACAGGUAAUCUUAUACUCACAAACAGGGUCUUGGAGCUUUUUUGGCAAAGCUUUGACUAUCCUACUGAUACUCUUUUGCCCGGAAUGAAACUAAUAGUAGAUAACGCCUCAUUAAUAUCAUGGAAAAGUAGAGAAGAUCCUGCGCCUGGUCAUUUCUAUCUGCAGUUGGGUCUUAAUAUUUAUAGUACAGUCCAACCAAUAAUAAAAAUAAUGAAGGGGUCUGAAGUAUAUUGGACUAGUUUACUCACUAGCUUUGAUGUUUUAUCUUGUGAUUGGGGUUAUGUUUCUUGGCCUAUUAACUACACUUCUCAGACUCAAAUUUCGAGAAUCGUGUUGCAUGAAUCCGGGAAGCUUAAACUUCAGUCAUGGUUAGAAGAUAAGAAAAAGUGGAAUUCCACAUUACAGUCAUCCAGAUGUGGGGAUUAUGCUUUAUGCGGCAAUUUUAGCGUAUGCAAUGAGACUGCACAUGAACCAUGUAGCUGUUUGCCAGGUUUCAAACCCGUUUCUGCUGGUGCUCGGAGCAAAGGAGGCGUGUCCAGUGACUGUGUGAGGAAAACUGCUCUGCAGUGCAGUAAGAAUAAUAGUGAUAUUCAAAAUGAUGUGUUUCUUCUCAUGUCUAACGUUGAUUGGCUUGAUAAUCCGAAGCCUUUGGAGAUGAGCAGUAAUAAGGAGUGUCAAUCAUCUUGCUUGAACAGUUGUUCUUGUAUUGCUUAUGCUUUUGAGGAAAAGUUCGGUCCCAAUAGGACCAAGUCUGUCUGCAUAGAAUGGCAUGGUUCUUUUUCAUAUCUGAAGCUACCAUCAAUUGAAGAUAAAUAUGGAAAUGAUUUCUAUCUGAAACUAGACCCCUUGGAAUCGGGCACCCAUGGCCCAAGCUCAAGGAAUGAAUCUAACUCAGCAGCGACGCCUGGAGCAAUUGAUGGAGUAAUGCUUGUACGAGCUAAGCAAUUAGUCGCCAUACUAUCUCUGCCUCUUGCAACGCUUUUGUUGGGCCUCUUUGUCUAUUGUGUAUGGAAAAAACUCAGGAUGACAAGCAAGGGUGAGGAUUUGGUACAGUUAGAUUUGGGCAUGACCAUAAAGUCUGAAAAUUCGGAGCUGCUGGAAGAAAAUAAGAGUGGAGACAUCAGGAAAAAGGAAGUCAAAAUGCCAUUAUUCAGUUUUACAAGUGUUUCUGCUGCAACUGAUAAUUUCUCAGAUGCAAAUAAGCUUGGAGAGGGUGGUUUUGGACCUGUUUACAAGGGAAUAUUACUGAAAGGGGAUUUGGUAGCUGUGAAAAGGCUUUCAAGAAGAUCAGGCCAAGGUUGGGAGGAGCUAAAAAAUGAAGCUAUGCUCAUAGCCAAGCUCCAACACAACAAUCUUGUUAGACUUUUUGGCUGCUGCAUUGAACGAGAUGAAAAGAUACUAGUAUAUGAGUAUAUGCCAAAUAAAAGUUUGGACUUUUUCAUUUUUGAUCAAGAAAAGCGCAAGAUUUUAGAUUGGCAAAUGCGGAUUCGUGUGAUUGAAGGCGUUGCACAAGGGCUUCUUUACCUUCAUCAAUAUUCUAGAUUGAGGAUUAUUCAUAGAGACUUAAAGGCUAGCAACAUUUUGUUAGAUACCAAAAUGAAUCCGAAGAUAUCAGAUUUUGGAUUGGCAAGAAUAUUUGAAGGAAACGAAUCACAGGCAAAUACAAAUAGAAUUGUUGGCACUUAUGGUUAUAUGUCCCCUGAAUAUGCUCUAGAGGGCCUCUUCUCCAUCAAGUCGGAUGUUUUCAGUUUUGGUGUCUUGUUGUUAGAGAUUGUGAGUGGUAGGAAGAACACUGGAUUUUAUCAGACCGAUUCUUUCCAUCUUCUUGGAUAUGCAUGGGAAUUAUGGACAAGUGAUAGGGGAUCGGAAUUGGUGGAUCCACUACUUGAUGAUGUAUCCUCUGUCUGUGCGGCAUUGAAAUAUGUUAACAUAGGUCUCCUGUGUGUUCAAGAAAGCGCAGCGGAUAGACCUACUAUGUCUGAUGUUGUCGCAAUGCUUAGCAGUGAAAGUACGGCUCUACCUUAUCCCAAACAACCUGCUUUCUUGACUAUGAGAAGUGUGAUAAAGGCAAACCCUGGUAUUAGCAGGACAGAAAUCUGUUCUGUGAAUCAUGCAACUGUUUCAAUUAUCGAAGGCCGGUAACAUUUUUUGAAUUAAAGCCAUAAGCAUUAGUAUAUCCUUGUAAAUCAUCCAUAAACUUUCAAUUUCUUUGCCUAUGGCCUAACAACAUUAUUCAAAUGUAUUAUGGUUCUGAAACGUAUCAUCAAAAGAUCCGUUGGUACCUGACAUUCGAGAGAUUAGCUUCUCGCAUUUUUGAAAUGAAAUUCAAGGUCUUUCUGUCA